ACUUUCAGUCAGUUGUUUUUAUUUUUAUUUAAAUAAUGUUGAAUUAUGGAAUUUAACUAUUAUUUUGUAAAAACAUUCUAAUGUAGUGGUUUCUACCUAAGAAAAUAUAUCGUAGGGUAAUAAUAUCUAUAUUAUAGAUGGAGGUUUUAAGAAUAUCGAUGCAGAAAUAGCUUGAUUUUUAGAUAUUUUUUGUAACAAAACAAAAAAAGUCGUUGAUUAAAUUCUUGGGUCUACAUAAAGUAUUUUGUAGAUUUAUAAUGGAAACUACAACUGAAAAAAUGUACAGUGGCUUAUCUCCUAGCAUAGAUAGAGAACAGACCAAUUCGGCAAGUGCAAAUAAAACAACUUCAACAUGUCAGUCUAUGAAAAUGAUUCCUGAAGAAACUGGGAGACCUUCUUUGGUGGAUUUGGAUUCCAAUGAUUUUUUAUUCAGGGAAUCAUUAGGAGUAUUGUCGGAUUCUAUGUUAUUCAGAGAUUCUCUUACCAGAGAUCAGUUAAAUCUACAAGCAAAGAAACAACUUGGCAAUGAAGAUAUUAGCUUUAGAGACUCAUUGGGGCUGUUAAAUUUAAGUACUAUCGAUGUCGGUAGAGAGUCUUUACAAAUAUUUAAUGUAAGAGAAUCUUUAAUAGGAUCAACAGAUAUUAAGAAUUUAUUGUAUAGUAAUAAGCCUUCUGUACAAGUCACUGUCUCAAAAACUAGUGAUAACGUAGAAUAUCCAUCAUUAGGUGUCCUAAAUGAAGCCUUUUUAUAUUCGGAUUCAAGAAAGCUGUCAAGUGCAUCAAGUCUAUUAUCAUGUAACCCGAGUUUUAGCUUUAGAAGCUUUAAUGAACCAUCUCCUAUUCUUCCUUUAGGCUCAUUUGAAAAUGAUAUAGACUCUAAAUUAGUUAUAUCGGAUCCUUUAAAUGAGGCUUUUAAGUUUUCUAUGAAUAACAAAUGUUCUGUAUCUCAAGUUAUUUCCCAUAAUACACUUGUCAGUGAUUUAGACAACAACGAAAGCUUUAGGAAAAGGUUCCAAUCGCUGCCCACUGCAGUAACAUUUGAAGAAAAUUUAAAAAAUACAAUUGAAGAUGCAGUAUGUGCUGAUGAUUCUGUGUUUUUAGAAGGUCAAAAAGUUGCAAAAGAUAUAUCAAACUCUUUUUAUAUUGAAGAUAAGUCGUCAGACUCUAGCAAAUACAAUUUAUUAGACUCAAUUCCUGAACCAAAUUGGCCUAAUGAUUUGGAUCGAUCUCAGAGUGGUUCUGAGAAAAAAAUUAAAUAUGAUAAAGAAACAGUAGCUAAAAAGAUUGACCAAAUGCUUGAUUUGAAGCCAACAAAUCUUGAUGAGAAGUUAAAUGAUAACAAUUGCUCAAAUGAUAAUAAUAUGCUUCAGAUACCAGAUCUUCCAAAAUUGCCUGAAGACAAAAGUCCAGCUAACCGAAGUAAUAUUAGCAAUAAUUUAAGUCAUAACAUCAGCAAAAUCUCACAGUCUAGCAACGAGAGCAUAUUAAAAAUAAUUAGAAAUUUAUCAGAUUUUGUAAAAGAUAAGGAAGGUUUAUCUAUCUCUAGAAGGAGCGAAUAUCUACAUAGUUUAAAUUCUCUCGCCAGUGAAAUAUCCAGCACUAGAAGUGAUCAAAUACUAUCUGAAGAUUCUGGACAUUCUUCAGUGGAGGAGCCACACUUUAAAGAGAACAGGAGUUCAGAAAAUAGAAAUGAUAGCAAUGGAUGCUGCACUCAUUCGGAUCUAGUGCAUAAUAAAAGUGAUGAAUGCCAUGCACUGGAUCUAUCGUGCAGAAGCAAAUCCGGGAAGGAAAAUAAUAAAAAUGUGUCAAAUUUAAGGGGAAUUUCACCGGGAUCUGUCCAAAAACCACCGCCGUAUGUCUCUAAGACACCUAAACGCAACAACUUAAGUUCGUUUAAUGCAUCGGCCCCAAGCAACGACAGUCACAAAAGAUCAACGAACGAUAGUAAUACCUCGAACAAAAGUGGAAAUAUAUCGGGUAGAAUCAGUAAUAUUUCCCAGAGCAAAUCGGCUAUUUCUGGUAAUAUUAGAAAAUCAACAACGGGACAAGUUGCCAGUAAAAAAGGCCCUAUGAGAGCUGUUUUGCCAUUGGAGAAUAUGGCUAAGGGUUCUAAAUCAAAUGUAACGCCUGAAAGAAACGAGAACAUGAAACUUAUGAUUAGGUCUAACAGAACGAGCACGCCAAUUCAUGAGGUAUCUCUAAAACCUACACUAACAUCAACGCCUGCAAAUGUGAACGUAAAGGAUAAGGCAUAUGUAAUUUCACCACUUUCAACAAAAACUAAAUACUACAGAUCUUUUUCCGAAAGACUGUCAAGUUCCGCAUCGUAUAAAAAGCCAGAAAAACUGAAGGAAAGCACAACAAAUGCUUCUAAAAGUUUGUUAAAGUCCGUGAAUAAAGUUGAAGUGUCGAAAAUUAGAAGAAAUUCAGUUAGUGAAGGUUUAACUGACAAUAAAAAUGAUAAAACUGAAGGUUCUAUGAGGAUUAAAAGAAGCUUUUCAACAGGAAAGGAACCUAAAAUAAUGUCCGCUUUAAGUAAAGUGAGACAGAAUAUUCUAAGUUCACCAUAUUAUCAUACAAAAGGGGGAACCCCUAAACAAUCUAGCGUUCUGACUGAACAUAACAAGAAAUCGAAUCCAGAAGUUAAAGGAAAUGAAAGCAAAUUGGCUACGUUCUCUGCAUCAAAGAAGCUAGGUAAAGAGAAUAUUAAACACUGAAACACUUUUUUUAAAUUAUUGUUUUAUUAUUGUCUUAUUAUUGUUUAUAACUGUUUGUUUUAAUUUUAUCACUAUUUAUAAAAACAUUAAUGAACAGCAAUAUUUAUAGAAAAUAUUUUGUAAUAC